CGUCAUUUCCCGUUAAUUUUUGUGUUUUUGUAGCAAUUAUACUCGUAUUUGUAAAAGUUAGUAACUAUAUUAAUUUGUGACAAAUUAAUAUAGUUGCCAUUAUAGUAGAACAGAACAAGCCCCUUUUGAUUGCUAAUGAGCGUAAAUUUCAAUUUUAGAUUCGAGUACAGCAGUUUACCAUUUUUGAAUGUUUUUGCUGUUUUGCAUACAGUACUUCUAUUUUAAGUUCGUUAAGAUUAAUUCGCAGUCUAGCCAUAGAAGGAUAAUAAGUUCGGCUGGACUUCACAGUUAGGAUUUAGAACUGUUUUUAAUUUUUUGUUGUGAGUGGUUGUUCAGAGCUGAAUGACAGGCUGCUUCGGCUUCCAGCUUCCAUUAAAUUUUGUUGCUGCAAAUUGUUAUCGAAACGACGAUGUAUCAGGAGGGGCCGCUUUCAAAAUGGACUAAUGUUAUGCAGGGAUGGCAGUAUCGCUGGUUCGUGCUGGACGAAUACAACGGAGUAUUGUCGUACUACACGUCGAAAGAGAAAAUGAGCAAAGGCGUGCGACGAGGGUGUGUGAGGCUGAAGCAUGCUAUCCUGGGCAUUGACAGCGAAGAUGAUUCAACCUUCACCGUCAAAGUUGAUCAUAAAACUUUCCAUUUUCAAGCUAGAGACGCUGACGAAAGGGAGCAGUGGACACGUGCCUUGGAAUUCGUGAUACGGUUGCAGAAUCAUGGAUCAAAUAAGGUAUUAAUGCAGCGGUACAAACCAAAUCUUCCAGAAUUCGAAAAACGGUUGACGGAAAGUGAUGCUUAUUUGCAGUUACUUUUGGAACAAAUCAAGGCACUCAGGACGAAGCGCGAUCAGUUGAAAGGGACCGGUAGAGCGAAAUUGGAUGCUAUCAUCGAGCGAGCUGAACAGAUGACAGAAUAUAUCAAGCAUGCCCUAGUAAUUCUUCAGAUUGCCAAGAAUGAAUGUAUGAAUCCACGUACCCCAUUUGAAGAAGGACCUGUACUUGACCUGAAUGCGGCUGAUCCCCGUGUAGCCGGUGUGGGAUACUUGGGUAAUGACGAAGUGCGAAUGGGUGCCCAACCAGCACGUGAAGUGGCACCCGAUUUAGCCGGAUCUGUCAACGCAACUCGUCCAGCUUCAAAAAUCCCCUCGCACGUCGAACAACGAUUCCUGGAUGCUGAUGACGCACGAAUCUCGUCCCGUGCCGACAUCCUGCCAUGGGUGUCAUACUCAAGUGACGAUGAGUACUACGACGCGGAGGAUACUUUCGACCAUUCGAAAUCGACACAGCAGCAUAUCUCGUAACUGCACGCUGGAUUUCGGAUGAGCUCGCAUAAGCACCGGUGGCAUGAUAUAAUAUUUAACACUGGCCGUGAGAAUCGUUUGUACAGAUACUCGUGCUAUUAUUUCACUAAUGGAAAGUGAUGAUGUUUUUCUCCAUGAUGAAACCAUAUAAUCCGCUUUUUAAACUUGAUCUUCCGUGACCUGGCUUGAAGAUGAGCAUUAAAUCGUGAUUUGGUUUUUUAUUUCCCUUUUACCUAAAAGUGUACUGUAUUAUUAAACAUGAAAACGGUGUUUAUGCCCUUUGUAUCAUGUACAAACUCUGCAAGAACAGUAUGUAAUACGUACAAUAAUGAUGAAAGCCAGUG